AAUUGCUUGUUCUUUUAAUCUCGUUGGUGAGAAUAUGCAGAUGACGAUCGGACUCUUCGUAGCCAUGAACGAAGAUGAGCCGAAGUUUUAGAGCUUCAAAUGCUAAGAAUUUCUAUCUUUCCUGAUUCGUUUUCCAUCUGAAAUCCCUUGGAAUUGAGUUUGUUGUAAUUAAUUUUGUUUUUGGUGGAUGAGAUCUUGAGGAUUUUAUCCUAAUUCGAUCGUUUUCUCUGCGUUUUUUUUCUUCUAUUGAAUUGGAAUAUUGUUGAAGAUGUUUUAGUUUGGAUCCGGUGGUUUUGCUGCAUGAAUUGGAUUGAAGGUUUGGGUGCGGAUCGAGCACUUGAAGAAUAGAGGAAGCUGAGCAGCGGCGCUGAAACAUGUCUGCCAUCGUGUGCGGGAAGAGAUCCUUAUUUGAAGACCUGCCUCCGCAUCCCGUCUCUAAAAGAAUUCGUUGUUCAUCUUCUUCGCCUGUGCGGUUUUCGCCUCCGAGGUCAUCCAAUCAAUCUGUGUUUCCGUUCCCCCAGACGUCCUCCUCACAAUCGGCUCAUUUAGUCGAUUAUCUCUGCGAAAAUUUUCCUGAUAUGGAUAAGCAGCUUCUAGAGAGGGUACUUGAAGAAUGUGGUGAUGAUCUCGAUUUAGCCAUUAGAAGUUUGAACCAGCUUCAUUUGGGUUAUAAUGACAGAAACUUGGGCAAUGCUUCAAACACCUCCGAUGUAGCUUUGGAAACAAAUAUUCAACCUCAAUCCCAAGAUGAAGCAGAACCGCAAGGAGAAGCUGCAAUUUCUGAGAAUGCAACAGCUUCUGAGAAUCUUCCCACAAAUGGGGCAGAAUGGGUGGAUCUCUUUGUGAGAGAAAUGACAAGUGCCUCGAACAUGGAUGAUGCACGAAGCCGUGCUUCAAGAGUUCUUGAGGUUCUUGAAAAGUCCAUCUGUGCCCGUGCAAAUGCAGAGGCAGCAAAUAACUUUCAUCAGGAAAACAAGAUGCUUAGGGAACAAGUGGAAGCUCUUAUUCAGGAAAACAAUAUUCUCAAACGAGCUGUCUCAAUCCAGCACGAACGUCAGAAAGAAUAUGAAGGCGGGAACCAGGAGUUGCAACAUCUUAAGGAAUUAGUCUCUCAAUACCAGGAACAAUUGAAAACCCUUGAGGUGAAUAACUAUGCACUUACAGUGCAUCUCAAGCAAGCUCAACAAAGUAGCUCCAUUCCAGGUCGUUUCCACCCUGAUGUUUUCUAAUCAGGCAUCGCCACAAUGAAACCGCGGUAAACUCGAUUCUCACAAGACUUCUAUUCUAUCAAAAUAGUAAGAUGAUCAACCUGAACUUCAAUCAGUAGCAUGUUUGUGGGUUCCUCUUUUUUAUCUAGAAGGUAUAAAAGAGUCGAGGCAUCUACUUUUCCAUCUUUCAGUACAGUGAUUAAUUCCUUUUUUUCUUCUUUUUGUUGUUUCUAUCCUGUUAUUUGACUAAAUUUGAUUCUCAUAGAU